AGAAGGAAGAGGGAGAUGCCCUGGACGGGCUGCCGGUUGCUCGGCUGCUGCGGAGGUGCGGGGGGAGGGGCGUGGAGUGUUUGUGGUUCCCAUGGGAACGGCCGGCCGGCGCUGUGCAGGAGGGAGGCGGCAGCCAUGGCCAAGCACCGGGAUCCCGAGUUUUACCUGCACUGGCGGCACUGUGAGACGCCCGGGGUGAACACUCUGUGCAACCUGCGGAAGCUGCUGAACAGGCUGCAGAGGGACCACAAGGAGGAUGUCUAUCUCUACACCUCCGGGCACCUGAACCCCAACAAGCUGUACAGGCCGCCCGAGACGAUCCUGCAGCACUGGCGCAAUGCCCAGCGGCCGCGGCAGGCCCCCGUCCCCGCGGCGGCGGGAAUGCCCCCGCCCGAGAGCAAGGUCGCAGAGAUGAAGGAGGCUCUGGUCCACUUCACCCUCAACACAGCUCUGGUCCCCAACGAUGCCCAGAGCACGCGGCUCUUCAGGUACUUGCACCCCCAGGCGGCAGCCCCCUGCGCCUCGGAGGAGGAUCUGGCUCCCAGGACGGCUCCGGCUGGGAAGGAGGAGACCGAGGGAGUGGGGGACGGCUCCCCCGGCCCGCCGCAGCGGCGCAGGGAGGAGCUCACCGUGCCGGACCUGAAGGUGCUGCGGUACAAGGCGGUGGGCUCCAGCCGCCAGUGUGCCCUGUCGCCCCCGGGCAAGGACCAGUACCGCCACGUCAGCUCCUACCUGGCCGGGAUAACGAAGGCGGACAGGUAUAAGAAGUUCCUGGAUUUCCAGAAAGACGUCCUUGGGAAGCAGGACCUCCUGAAGCACGACUUCACCGGGAGCGCGGCGGCCGUGUGCCACGAGAGGAAGCUGCGGCAGGAACUCCAGAGGGUGUGCACCUGUGACCCUCAAGGGCUGAACAGACUGCAGAUCUUCAGCGACAUCUUUGAAGAUGUCUGCAACAGUUCUUUGAUAUUUGGGGACAUCUUGAAAGAAAUCAAGGAUGAGUACGAGCUCUACGUGGCAAUCCUGCUGGACUCCCAGCCCACAGCACAGUAUAAGACGCUUCUGGCUCAGGCCCAGGGGCUGGAGAAGCGGCCCGUGAAGAAGGCGGACGUGCAACGAGCCCGGGAGGAGCUGCGGGUGCUGGUGACGGCCGUCAAAGCUGCCCUGGAGCGGAAUGACAAACUCAGGGAUGAGCUGGAGGCGGAGGAAGCUCCCCUGCUGCAGGCUUGUGAGGAGAAGCGCAGGAAGUGAGAAUCAUCUAAGCAAAAUGUAACUGACGGGGUGCACCUUACUCUUAUUGAGAAGGUUGAAAAGAAGAGGCGUGAAAUACUUAGUAAGUGGGAAGAAAUGCAAGCUCUUGAAAAAGAAAUUAAAACGACUUUGGUUCAUACGGGAGUUUCAUGUAUCGCUGAGAAUAUGAUUAAAAGCUUAGAGAAUGAAACUAUAAAAUUGGAAACAUCAAAUAAGAUUUUAAGUAAGAAAACAAAAGUUACUGAAAACCAUGUGAAGCAGGUCCUGGGGAAGUGUAAGAUCAGUGAGGAGGAGCAGAAGAACCUUUUAGAAUUUAUCAAGCAAUUUGUAACAUUUAACGAAACAGCAAAUAACUCUCAAGAGACUGAACAAAGGACCAGAGAAAAUUCGCAACUGCCAAGCAUCUAGUGCGAAUGUUUGCAAAAGUAUAAACUGAUAAAAGAAAGAUUCAUCCCUUUUUGUCAGUUUUAAUUCCUAAUAAAACUACUGUGGUAUACGUAUCCUAUGUAAGAUACUGAAAUAAAUACAUGUACAUGUAUGAUUAGUC